AUCACUUUCGAGGGAAAUAACAGAACCUUCAGGCACAGAAAAAUCCCCAAUUCCAAAAUCCUCAUCGGAACCACUCCAAAUGGAAAUCGACCGUCCUUCCGCCGUCCAAAUGCCGGAGAUUUCUCAGUACGAGCAGUCCAGAGAGUUGAGAAUCAGAGAAAAUUUGGAGCGUAUGCAGAAGCUAGGCAUCCUUGACCUCUCUCUCAAGCUCAAGUCAUCCGCUCCUUCGAGGCAAAAUCGCCGAAGAUCGCUUAAUCCGAAAGCUUCUCCACCUUCAUUCAACCUCCCGCAGGCAGGUCCAGUCCGCCGAUCAUCCAGGUUACAGAAUGUGACGCCAGUGACUUACUCUGAACUUCGAGUGGAGAGAAAAGGCAAGUUUUCAGAGGAUGAGGGCGUGAUUCUUGAAGAUGGUUCGAGGCCGGAGAUAUACUCGGAAGAGCAUGAGAAGCGGUUGGGCAGUACAGGGAAGAUCUGGACGCUGUUUGUGGAUGGAUAUGGUAAGGAUGGGAAACGAAUUUAUGAUCCAGUAAAGGGAAAAACGUGCCAUCAAUGCAGGCAAAAAACAUUAGGGCAUCGCACUCAUUGCAGCAAAUGCAACAUGGUCCAAGGCCAAUUUUGUGGAGACUGUCUGUAUAUGAGAUAUGGAGAGCAUGUUCUUGAAGCGCAGCAAAAUCCCAGUUGGAUAUGUCCUGUUUGUCGUGGGAUUUGUAACUGCAGUUUGUGUCGCCAAGCAAAGGGAUGGCUUCCUACUGGGAGUCUGUAUAAGAAGAUAGCAAGGAUGGGGUUCAAGUCUGUUGCGCAUUUUCUCAUUCAGACCCAACGUCCACAGCCUAAUUCUGGGCAGAGUUCUACUGAUUUUGCUUCUGCUAAGAGGGAAUUGUGCUUCCCAGAUUUUGAAGCUAAUCCUGUAGGAUCUCUUAGUGUUAAUGAUAAACUCAUAGAAACAAUGGAAAAGCGAAGUAUAGUGCAGAGUAUUUCGGAUUACGAGACCAAAGAUCAAAUUUCUGUUAAGAGGUCACUGAGUUUUUCAUGUCUGGAGCAGCAAAAUCAUCUGGAUCAUGAAAAUGAUGAACAGUCACAGCUUCAAUCUGCAAACUAUGAUGAACUUAGAGAAGACGUUGUCAACGAGAAAGAACAGUCAGUGCAUUGCCUAAAAAGAAAGAAUGAUGGUGAUAACUACAGUCCAAUGCCUGUAAAGAAACCAACAAUUAGAGUAGAAUCAAGCACCGUGGAUCAAAGCAUGGAAAAGAAGAUUGAUGAUAUUAGGCACCUAACAAGCUCAAGGGUCAUCCAAGAAAGGGAUGAUAAAACAUCAGAAGAGGGUGCAAACAGUUUGUCAAAGAAGAAGCUGAAAUGUGUAAGUAAUGGUAGGGUGUUACGGCCUAGACAUCAAAGCCUCGAGAAGACAACUGAUAUUAGCAGUCAAACUACCAUCCUGGAAGGCACCUCUUCAUCGGAGCUAAAAUCUGCCACUAGCAGUAGGGUUUUGCGGCCUAGACAUAAAACAAUGAUGUAGAGCUACACACUACGUGUUUUAGAUUUACCAUUAAAGUUUUCAGC